CCCUCAAACUUUUGUUUAUUGUUUAAAGAAACAAGAAUUAAACGGAAUGUCCGUGGAAAACAACAUAAAAAUACUGCCCAAGUCUGUGGUAUGCGAGGAAAGUACGCUGAGCGGUGACAUCACCUUCUCUGCGGGCUGCGUCGUCCAUCCGAGUGCAACAGUCACUGCCGAGGCAGGUCCCAUAAUAAUUGGCGAGAAUUGCAUUAUAGAGGAGUAUGCAACAAUUGCGCAUGAAUUGGAGAAGGGCGCCAGUUGGGAUGCCAACAACAUUUUAAGCAUUGGCAGCCACAAUGUCUUCGAAGUGGGCUGCACAGUGAAAGCAUCUCGCAUUGGCGACAAGAAUGUCUUCGAGAGCAAAUCGUUUGUGGGCAAAGGUGUAACCGUGUCCAAUGGCUGUGUGAUUGGAGCUGGAUUGCAAAUGCGCACGGUGCAGCGGCUGCCGGAUAAUACAAUUGUUUAUGGGCAACAGGCGCUGCAGCGCGAGGGCAUCGAUAAGCAAGGAUCACAGACACUACAAAUUGACUUUUUGCGCAAGGUUCUGCCGAAUUAUCAUCAUCUGCGAAAACCAAACUAUGAUCCCAAGAAGGCACGCAGCGUUGUGUAGUCUUAAAUGCAUCUCUAAUUGUGUUAAUUAACUUCUACAUCCUUGUCAUUAAAGCUAUUUAUCUCCUUCUCAAA